AUGGCUGAUUUGCCUAAGGAGCGCAUUCAGGCCUCACGAGCCUUCAUCGUCACAGGAGUGGACUACUGCGGUCCAUUUUACUUCAAACCCGAAACCCGCAAUAAGUCGCCCCAGAAAUGUUAUAUCAGCGUUUUCAUCUGUUUCGCAACCAAGGCCGUAUGGAGGGAGCUAGUGAGGGACCUUCCAACAGGUGCUUUUUUGGAAGCUCUCAAGCUAUUUACGACAACACGCGCCAUGCCAAGCUGUAUUUGGUCAGACAACGCAACCAAUUUCGUAGGCGCUAAGAACGAGUUGAGAGACCUAAAACGCCUACUCCUAAGCCAAGAGCACCGCAGUAAGGUUCACGUUCACUACCUCAACAAUGGUUUCGACUGGCGAUUCAUACCACCUCGUUCACCACAUUUCGGCGGCUUGUGGGAAGCCGCAGUAAAAAUGGCUAAACAGCACCUGUACCGCACUCUUGGCUCUGCAAUUCUUGGUUUCGAUGAACUGCAAAAUCCAGAAGACCUUGAUGUUUUAACUCCAGGUCAUUUUCUUAUUGGCGGCCCGCUUACAGCUGCUCCUGAGCCUAACAUCACGCAUUUGAAUUACAAUCCACUCGGUCACUGGCAGCGUUUCACAUACUUCUAA